CCCCCCCGCAUGUCCUCAUCACAAGUGUCGGGGAAGGGAACGGGAGCAGGAUGCUAGCAGCUGUUAGCGAGCCGCUGCAGGAAACGAGCCGGGUAAGCUAGCUGCGGCUAACUGUCAUCAUGAGGCUGGAUUCCUCCUCUUUAUGCUCGUGCUGGAUUUGAACAACCCCUCCGCGAUGGACACCGAGGCGAUAGUGAUCCGGAUAAAGACCCCGGGCGGGGACAUGGACUCCUCCGUGGACUGUCCGUCCCUGCUGAACUUCAACGACCUGCUGGUCGCCAUCAGAGACGUCAUGCCUGAAGCGACUGUCACAGCCUUUGAGUAUGAAGACGAGGUGGGAGACAGAAUCACUGUGAGAAGUGAUGAAGAACUCAAGGCCAUGUUGUCAUAUUACUUCAACACAAUGAAUGAACAACGCAUGAACGGACUGCUGCCGGACCCUCUCCAGAUUUUUCCAAGAGCCGGCAAGACUCCAGGGAUCCGGAACAUACAUGGCCUGAAGGUUAACACAAGACCCAACCCAGCAAAUGACUGCUCUCAUGCAGUCCCAGACUCCAUGACUAACAACAGCUUAAAAAAAUCAUCUGCUGAGCUGAAGAGGAUUUUGACAAAUGGGCAGAUAAGUGCCCAAGAUAUCAACUAUCAAGAGCAGCUCGGCCACGGGAACGGAGGCACAGUUUACAAAGCGUACCAUGUUCACGGCAAACGGGUGUUAGCUGUCAAGGUCAUCCCACUGGAUAUUACGGUGGAAUUACAGAAGCAGAUCAUGUCGGAAUUAGAAAUUCUCUACAAGUGUGAUUCACCUUACAUCAUCACUUUCUUCAGUGCCUUUUUUGUUGAGAACAGGAUAUCCAUAUGCACCGAGUUUAUGGACGGUGGUUCUCUGGAUGUGUUCAAAAGAAUUCCAGAGCACGUGCUGGGGAGGAUCGCAGUGGCAGUAGUCAAAGGCCUGACGUAUCUGUGGAGCCUGAAGAUACUUCACAGGGAUGUCAAGCCGUCCAAUAUGCUGGUGAACACCCGAGGACAAGUCAAGCUCUGUGACUUUGGUGUCAGCACACAGCUGGUGAAUUCUAUCGCCAAGACGUAUGUGGGAACUAAUGCAUACAUGGCACCGGAGAGGAUAUCAGGAGAACAGUAUGGUAUUCACGCAGAUGUGUGGAGUUUGGGGAUCUCGUUCAUGGAGUUGGCACUAGGCAUGUUCCCCUAUCCACAGAUUCAGAAAAACCAAGGAUCUUUAAUGCCUCUCCAGUUACUGCAAUGCAUCGUUGAUGAGGAUCCUCCGAUUCUUCCCGUUGAGCAGUUCAGUGAAAAGUUUGUUCACUUCAUCACUCAGUGUAUGCGGCGGCAACCCAAAGAGAGGCCUGCCCCCAACAACCUCAUGGAGCAUUCCUUCAUCGUGCAGUAUAACGACGGCAAUGCAGAGGUGGUGUCCAUGUGGGUCUGUCGCUGCUUGGAGGACAGACGGAUCCAGCAGACUCAGGGACGUGUCUGACGUCCUCCUGCUGUCUGUCCGAACCAAGAUGGACCUGGAAGUUUGAUCCCUGACCUUGGACACUUAUCAAAGUUGUCAGGAUCCAGUACGUCCUCAUGUACUGUGCAGGCGAUUUCACGUACAUGGACCAGAAGUUAAAUACUUAAUGUGAGUAAGUCUUGAUUUAGCAGCACUCACUCGCCCUGACACUGAAGAGCCCUCAUCCUCUGAAGGGAAAAUGACUCUCUGUCUCCAAUGAGCUCAGAGAGAUCUCUCUCUGACGUGGGUUUCCAGCCGCGGCCUCGUCCCCAUGUAUACAAACAUUCAGUGAGCAUCUCGAUCUGAUGAAUGGAGAUAAACGCUCCUCGUUUGAAGGGGCUGUGACAAACAAACAACUUAAUAAGUACUAGAAUACGCUGGCAGAGUUUGUUCUGCGUUCUAAGGAUCUUAUUUUUUAAGGCAUCUGUAAUAACCAUCUUGUGCUUUGCUGUUGACAGCCUUCUUGUGAAUGUUGUGGUUUUUGCCUGUGAGUAAAUGCCCAUGUGUGUGCCUGGUUUUCCACUGGUGAAAUUCAUUUCCUCAGAAAACUGAAAACUAGAUUUCCCUGUUUUCAGCUCCUGGACGAAGCAGGUUUAUUCGUUGGCCACCGUUCAUACUCAAGGCAAUCCUCUUUGUAGAGGAAUCAAAAUGCAUUAAAAAUAAGACAUUAAAAAGACAUUAAAAUUGCAUUUAAAAGACAAUAUAAACAAGGCAAUUCCGAGUGCUUCACAGAGACAAAGCAUCAUUUAAAAAAUAUUGAAAUUAAAAGAGUAAAGAGCACAUUACAACAGAAUUUAAAAAUCUAAAAGAAUAAAAUAAAUGGUUAAAGAUUAAAAAAAGGUUCUGUGUUUUUGCCAAAACAAACAUGAGUUUUAUCUGACUUUAGGUUCUUAAUGAAGCGUGUUCUACAUGAGGAGAACAAAAACUAAAAGCUGCUUCACUUCUGAUUCUGGUGUCACUGAAUAAACCUGCUCCUGAUGACCUGAGGGGUCUGGAAGCUUCACCAUGUACAAAUCUAUCAGAGAUGUAUUUAGGCCUGACAAACACUUAACGUUGCAAAGACAAGUAAUGGAAUUUAAAGUUUGUCCAUUGACACACAGGAAGCCAGUGUAGUGUGCUCUACUUUCCCAGUGUCAGUGAGGACUUGAUGAGCUGCAGUCGUCCAACCCACAGAAAAUCCUAAUGUAUGGAAAUUAUUAUGUUUUAUCCAACAUUGUGAGUUUGUCUUUAAUUGAAAAGACAACAGCAAGCCUGCAGUACCGCUGAGUGUCACUGCAGCGCUACAGUGGAAUCAAAUCCCGUCAUAUCUUGGAUCUUCAAACUAACGAACCGAACUAUUUACCAUUCUUCAAGAGGAACCAGGGUUUGUGUCUCUUUAAACCAAUAAAUCUUUUAUUUCCACCCGCACAGUCAAGCCUGACAUUGAAAGCGGCUGAAUGAACUGUUGGAGAAACAAUGCUCUACUUUCAUUCAGCAGAACUUUGUAUUUUUGGAUGUAGAGAAGCUGCAGACAGAAGCGUAACAGGAACCACAACUCUUCCUCCACUAAUAACCAACAUUUAAGUUAUAUUAUCAACAUCAUCACCAAAAAUACUCUUAACUGUCUCCGAGUUUCUGUUAUUUCAUCGAAUCGGCCAAUGAGAUCAUUUGACUCUUGUCGUGGUAAAAUAUAAAUGUGACGCACAUAACACCAAAGGUCACUGACGGGCCAGAAGGUGACUUAUAUGACUGAGGUGGACAUAAAGGGUUAAGUGACUAAAAUGAAUUGAUCUGACCAGGUGUUUGUGUGCAGCCGGUGAAAUGUGUCGUGCUUAAGUGCAAUUAAAUCCCAUUGCUUCCACAAAGGCCCAGUAAACCUCCACAAAGGCCCAGUAAACAAACCUGCUGUGGCACGUUGAGCGAGAGCAAAGCUGAAAGCUUCACGUCACUGCAGUGCAUUAGCAGAAAAGGCCCGUGGCACCAUUUUACUAUACAUGAGAUGUGUAGUGUCUUUAGUGUCCUGUUACUUGUGGUUUUAUCCUCUGACACAUGGACGGUAGAUUUUAUUCUCUGGCCUUUAACUGAAAAUCACCUGAAACUGAGAUCCCACUUGUUCCUCACGUGUGUGUCCUCCGCCAUGUUGUUCAUAGUUUGGAAUCUUUAAGCUAUUUUUUUUAAUGACCCAGUCCACAGAGGGUCAGGAUUUAAAAUCUAUUUCUCAUUGACAGAAAUAGUUAGCAUUAGCAUUUUGCUACUCAAAUUAACAUUUAAUAUCCCCUAGAAAUGAUUGUAUUUAAAACAAACUUAGAACUGCAGCUUACACAGUGCAUCGUAAGCUGCAAAUAAAGAUGGCCGACGUGUCUCUGGCUCUUUCCAUUGUACAAAAAUGAAGCCAAAAUAUUCAGGAUGCGGACGCUGCCAUCUUGAGACUUUGAGGUUUCACCCUGUUUUACAUCAUCAAAUAAAAACUGACGGGAAAACACUUGAGCAAACAUUACAUUUCAUUUGGUUGACUCUUUUGACUAAAGCGACUUACAAUUAGUAAACUCAACAUUUAUGAGGAGCAAAUUAGGGGUUCAGUAUCUUGCCAAGGACACUUCGGUAUGCAGAUGGGGAAGAGUGGGGUUUGAACCGGCAACCUUCUUGUUGGAGAACGACCACUCUACCCCCUAGGCCACUCCGCCCACAUCAGUGUGAUAAGAACCAAAAAUAACUAAGAACCUAAAGUUAUCCUUUGGGGGGAACUUAUUUAACUUUAACUUUUUAUUUUGUUCUGCGUAUCAUCUUCUAACAUUGAGGAGGUGGGGUUUAUGACCUAUAUUAUAGCCAGCCACCAGGGCGCGAUCCAGAUGAUUUUGUCUUAUACAGUCCAUGGUUUGCAUCCAAAAUGUUGUACAUUUUAAACUGAAAGUCUGAAUAUAAGAUUAGUCUUUUUAUGGAGUUUAACGUUACUUGAAGAAAGUUCGAGAAACGUAUUCAAUUCAAAAGACUAAUUUGCCAAAAAGAAAUCAUCGUAGUUUAGCCGUCAUCCGUCUAGACACAUUUUGUUGUGCGUGGUAUCAGCUGUGUGUCAGGUGAAAUUCUGACACAAUUAACCGGCUUGGUGGAAAUUAUCUCCCCUAAUUGGUUAAAGUACUUUAACGAUUUACAAUGGAGGAGGGAAAUUCCUUGUAGCGCCCUCUACUGGUUCAGAUGCGAACUCAUCAAAACACAAUUUCUUUUUUUAUUUCAUACAGACUACGGUAAACGUAUUUUUUAUUUGAAUUCUUCUUCACAUCCAGCAGUUCAUUAUUUUUAUAAUAUAUGUUUAUUUUACUCUGAGGAUUCAGUUUGUGUUUCCAGUUACACUGUUUGUUUGUUUACAGCACAAUCUCCCUCAUUAACAUGUUUCAUUAGAGCCGUCAUUUGCCUCAGGAAACUAAAACUGAGGCGCAAAGUUUUUAAGUUUUUGUACAUAAAUAUAUUAUAAGAAAGACGUCAAUAUUGAUAUUACUCUGAUAAUUUAUGAUCUUCAGAUUUAAAGACCCUCCCAUGACUAAAGUACAUCAUUGUAGAUUUUACAAUAGAUCCACAAUGAAUAGAACAUGUACUCUGCAUUUUACCACGUAUAUUGUUAUAUUCAUAAAUCUGUCACUUUGGGGAAGUCAUAAUCUAUCAUACUGUUAAUCUGUCAGAAAGCCACCUGCCAUUAAAAUGGCUGAAAUGUACCUGAAGCUAAAUACAUUACAAUCACGAUGAACUAAUAAAUGAGUGAAAAAUGUAAAAUGUAAAGUGUGUGUCGUCUUGCAACCAAAACCAAAAACAUAUUUUAUGAUAAGCUCAAAAUAUCAAAUUUAUUUUCGUUUGGCAUUGUAUUCACUGACUGUGAUAUUGAAAUAUGAAUCUGCCUUAGUGAGAAUAUUUAUUAUUUUUUUACUUUCAGCAGAGAUCUCCUCCUGUGACUCUCUCCCUGUCAUUUCCUGUUUUUGCCUGAACCACAAAGUGUAAGUCAGUGACUCAGCAGAAAUAUACGUGCUGUGAUGUUACCGGCUGUUUUUGGCCUUUUCUGUACAUACAUGUGUUGGCACAUAUUCCAAACUGCAAAAAUAAAAUAUGUUUAAUCAUAAUGUU